AUGACUCGUAAACAAAAUCGAACAUGUGAAAGCUGUGUGUUUACAUAUUCAACACCCCAAAAACUUAGAACACAUUAUGCUAGUACAAGAAAUCCAUGCCGUCCACAAGAUUUACCAAAUCAAGAUCCAGUUCCACCACCCGAUCCAGAAAUAGAAUAUCUCGAUGCAUUGGGGUUAUUUGAUUCCUCAGAAAUUGGUGAAAGCAGUCAUUCAGAGGCUAACUUAUCUCCAGAGGUUGAAAGAGAAUACCUUGAAGCAUUAGGAAUAUUAGAACCUAUUUCGCAAUUUCAUCAAAUGGAUAUUAUUAGUUUAGGAU